CUAUGAUAUGGAUAUGGACAUCACUACCUGCCACAGUCAUUCCUACGACCCUUCCAUACUUCUUCGACCGCUUGCCUACCUUAGUACUCAUCCUGGYUUUCUUUCCUCUCGCUAUUGGAGGCUUGCUGGGUCUUUAUUUCGGGAAAACAUUGUGGCUUAGGUACCUGAGUGUUGCUCUAUUUGGAAUAACCGAAAGUUUGUCUGAAGUAACCGGUGUCUCGUUAACAGCCUACUUCGAUGCAGUAACGGUCAAGUAUUAUUGCGCGGGGAGUGGGUUUGGGUUCCUCAUGGGGCCUCUUUUUUAUACAGCCAUGAGCAGCUGGUUUCACAUCUCUAUCAAAGCAAGUGUCUCUGUCAUCAUCAUCAUGCAUCCAAUCAUCUUCCUGUUGUGCUACUUGAUGUUAGAAAACCGACGCGGAAAAAUUAUGGGAUAUCAGAAGAUAGACAGAAACUCCCAAGAAAGUUCCGAAGAACACGAACUCAAGCAAAAACUUUCACUUACCGAGAAACUGCGCGGCGCGCUUGAGGUUCUCCCCAAGGUUACUCAAAUCUUCCUUGCAGUUUUAUUUCAUGACCUCACGCUAAGUGGUGUGACGACAACAAUAGCAUUUCCUGACUCGCCAUUUUCUUUAUCAGAUCAUUAUAAAUACUAUCUUAUCAUGUCAUUUACUGGGCUGUUCCUUGGCCGCUCUUACCUCGGGAUAGCCGAGUUCAUCAAAUCUGGACUGUCGGGUAUCCUUUUUGUUCGACGCACGUGGAUUUUAGUUCUCAUCGGUAUUUUUCAUGUCAUACUAUUAAUCUUUGAUUCGUUAUUCAAGUUUAUCCCUAAUGUCUGGGUGAUACUAUUCCUAGUUUUUUCGCUUGGUUUCUGGGUAGAAGCAACCUAUCUUAACGUUAAUGUAAUCCUUGGUGAAAUCCAGGAUUUGAGGGUGAGAGAGCUGUCGAUGGGCUUGGCAGUGUUUGGAGUGGGGUUCGGAGCGUUAAUGGCAGCUAUUAUAUCCAGUCCUUUGGAAAACGGGCUUGUUAAACAUUGUUUAACAUUUACCAACCAAAGCAGCUAUUGCUUAACGAGAGAAACCAUACGUUCAUAGGUGAUAAGCGAUAGGCGACAAAUGACAAAUGAUAGGAGAUGGAAUAACUUGUAUUUCUUAUCAUUAUUCUUGUCAAUAACAAAGAAGUUGUCAUGAUAUAUUUAGUGUUCACAUGUUCACAUAUUUAGUGUUCGAAACCGUUCAAAACGCCUGGAUUAUUCGCGUUUAGAUGCAUGCCCCCACUGUGCCCUUCGGUCGUGUGUAAUCGCAAAUCAUCGAUCGCCACUGGCCGUUCGUUCCUUCAACGUUUUUUGAAAUAGCUGUAUGUAUGAUCAUGAUUGUCACAGUGCAAUGUCUCCUAMAUAAAUUGUUUUUAAUGUU